AUGUUCUACGCCGAGAACUAUGCCGGGUUCAAGAAGAUCCUGGAGCGCGUGAAGUACUACAACGAACAGGCCAAGGUGAGCGGUAGUGUUGGUUGGUUGGCAUCGGUGCUGCUGCUCUUGCAGCGGCUACGGAUGCUGGAGCGCUUCACCAAGAACUCCAACUACUUGCCAAUUGAUUAUUUCGAGCCCUCCAAGCUGUUGGAGGCCUGCGCGGCCAAGGAAGGCACAAAGGUGUUCCCCGGCCAAACACUGAUUGAUGUGGUGCUGGCCGACUUCCGCAAGAAGAGUUCUGUCCCUUACAACUCAGACCGUUUCAAGCAUCAGCUGCUUGCCAUGGCAAUCUUCAAGAAAGUUCUGGCAACAUCGCCUGGGGAACGGCAGCCUCUCCAUUUCAUGCCGAUGCUGUUGACGUCUCUCGUUUUGGUGGCGAUAGCAUCUGGCGGGCAUGACCGACCCAUCUUCGGCCUUGCCGGAAGGGUGAGGCAGGGCCUAGAUCAAGUGAAUCAAGUGAGUAAUCAAGUGAAGCUGGUCUUGGAAAUGCUCGAAUCCGAGACCCGCUUCAAGCCAGGCAACCGACCUUGUCAGCUAGGUGGCUGCGAGCUUCAGUGGUCGGACAUGCAGCAGAAGCCGGUGCCUCAGCUGUCGAGUCCUCCCUCCUGCCAUAUCCUACAUGUCCAGUGUCCCCUGAUCGCGAAAGAUCUCAGUGGCGACCACUUUGCCUGCCAACCAAAUUUGCUGCAGUCUUCCGCCAUCGGGCUCCAGCCAGCUCGAGAGAAACACGCGCUUGUUCCAGCCUUCGCUCAGCACUCCUCAUGUCGGCCUCCAUUGCCGUCCGUCCAGCUGCUUGGUGAGAAGUGGGCAAGCAGUCCGGAGCGUGGUGUUCGAAGCAUAAACAGCUUCGAGACUUGCCAUUCUGAUUGCGUCUGCGACAGGAUGGAGUCGGCGUGCUGA